AUGAAAUAUGGAUACACAAUGAACAUAACGGAGAAGAGCGAUGUCUACAGUUAUGGGGUGGUUUUGCUAGAGAUUUUAAGUGGGCGUAGCGCAGUUGAGUCCCAGGUUGGAGAUGGCCAGCACAUUGUUGAGUGGGUGAAAAAGAAGAUGGGAAGCUUUGAACCGGCUGUGACAAUACUCGAAUCAAAGCUCCAAGGACUGCCAGAUCAGAUGGUGCAGGAAAUGCUUCAAACUCUAGGUAUCGCGAUGUUUUGUGUGAAUUCUUCGCCUGCUGAACGUCCUACCAUGAAAGAAGUGGUGGCAUUGUUGAUGGAAGUGAAGAGUCCACCUGAAGAGUGGGGGAAAACUUCUCAGCCUUUAAUGAAACAAUCCUCAAAUCAAAGCUGA